AAACUUUGCCCUUUUAUGGAGAAAUGUUAUCGAAAAAAUCCGAUUCACUUCGGUGAAAUGUCACAUCCUCAUUUGGAAAAAUUACUGGUAAAUCAGUUGGAUGGCACAAUAGAAAUACCAGAAGUGCUUCAUUUUGCAUGUAAUGAUCGUUCACAAUUGUUGGAUCAAUUGAAAGUAUUGCAAAUAGUACUUAGAAGGGAAAGAAACAAAAAUAAGGACAACCAAUUAUCUGGAAUUGAUAAUUCAUCUUUUAAAGCACAAUCUUCUUCUAUUACUAAUGUAUCAAGUACUAAAGAAGAUUUGAAGGAUAAAGUAGAAAGACAUAAGAAAGCUACAGUACAGAGGAGACAAGAUAAACUUAAGCAGAUGGAUGUAGAAGCUCAGGCACUCUCUAGAGCUUUGACUGGAGAAGAACAUAAGAAUCAUACAGAAAUCAUCAAGGCAAAGAAGAGAAGUAUGGAAGCAUCAGAAGUUGGCUCUUCUGUUACAAAGAAGAUGAGACAGAUGAGCAUAGAAGGCAGCAAUUACACUAAGGAUAGUCAGCAGAAUAUUAAUAACUCUCAAAGCAGUUCUAGAAACAAUGAGCAAAAUACAAGUUCAGGAACAUCUAUCAUGGAUAUGUAUCAAUUCUGUGAUUCCGAAAAAUCAAGGAAGGAAGUUAGGAAAAAAGCUAUUCAGAUGAUGAGAAAAUCUGGCUAUACAGUGUCUGUUGUAGAACCAGGAGAGUUUGCAAUAAAAUAUGCCUUUUCAGCGCCUUAUCACUUAUUCUUCACGAGAAUCGAAAAUUCAAAGGAGACUUAUAAUCAACAGUUUUCCAUAACAUUCCCUGAGAUUCUCGAUCGUAGUCUUGGAGAAAUUGUUAAUAGUCUUCAUUUAAAUUUUAUGGUAGACGUUGGAUGGUUGUGCUUGCAGUAUUUAUUGGCUGGUCAAUGUACUGAUAUGAUGAUUCUGUACGGUGAUAGAGUAGAUCGUGAGAAAUUGAACAACAACAUUACCAUGAUAGAAGUAGACAUGCCGACCAGAUUUGGUUGCCAUCAUACGAAGAUCAUGAUCCUGCAAUAUAAAGAUAAUGGGAUCAGGGUGGUUGUUUCUACUGCUAACUUAUAUUCCGACGACUGGGAAAAUAGGACACAAGGAUUGUGGAUCUCGCCUCACUUGCCUCGGCUAUCAGAAUCUGCAAAUCCUAGUGAUGGGGAAUCUCCAACAGGAUUUAAAAAGGAUCUCGAGCGAUAUUUGAAUAAAUAUAGACAUCCGGCAUUGACGCAGUGGAUAUGUGCGAUACGGAAGGCUGAUUUUUCGGAUGUGAACGUGUUCCUCGUUGCUUCUGUUCCUGGAACUCACAAAGAUAACGAAGCCGAUUCUUGGGGGUAUAAGAAAUUGGCGCAUGUCCUAUCGCGUUAUGCCACAUUGCCACCAGAUGCUCCUCAGUGGCCUAUAGUUGCACAGAGUUCCAGCAUAGGCAGUCUUGGUCCAAACUUCGAAAGUUGGUUGUCAAAAGAUAUAAUUCCAUGUAUGUCGAGGGAGACUACAAAGGGUUUAAAGAGUCAUCCGCACUUCCAGUUUAUUUAUCCUUCGAUAAAGAAUUACAAGCAGAGUUUUGAUUGUCGAAAUUUAUCUUGCUGUUUGCCCUACAGUGCGAAAGUGCAUUCUAAACAACAGUGGAUAGAAUCUUAUUUAUACCAAUGGAAAGCCAAGCGAACAGGACGAGAUCGUGCGAUGCCUCAUAUUAAAUCCUACACAAGAAUUUCGCCCGAUUUGAAAAGCAUUUCCUGGUUUGUACUUACCAGUGCAAAUCUAAGUAAAGCUGCAUGGGGAGUCCAACGAAAUAAUCAUUACAUAAUGAGCUACGAAGCUGGCAUUAUAUUCAUACCAAAACUUAUCACUGGGACAACAACAUUUCCUAUUAAAGAUGAAGAAGAUCCAGCCGUUCCGAUAUUUCCGAUUCCAUACGAUCUUCCAUUGUGUCGAUAUGAAUCGAGUGACAAUCCUUUCGUCUGCGAAUUUCUGACCUCUUUAGACAGAGUGUAA